AUGUCUUGCUCUGCUUCCCGGCCAGGCGGCCUCAAGCCCUCACCAACCUCUCCAAUCCCACCUCCGACCACAUCGACGAUCCUCCCACCCCGCCUGCCCCGAUCCCUCACCCAGGCCCAGACCCAUGAGAACAUCUACACGAUCCCCAACGCCCUCACUUUGUCCCGACUCCUCUCAGCGCCCAUGAUAGGCUACUUCGUGCUCCACCACGAACCCCUGACGGCUCUGGCCUUAUUCGCCUACGCCGGUUUCACGGACCUGAUCGACGGCUACCUGGCGCGGCGCUUCCACUCGCAAACGGUCGUCGGCACGGUCAUCGACCCAAUGGCCGACAAGAUCCUCAUGACCACGUGCGUGGUCACACUCACCGCGAACGGCACCCUGCCCCUAUGGCUGGCCGUGAUCGUGCUAGGCAGGGAUGUCGGGCUGGCCAUCUCGGCUAUCUACUUCCGCUGGAUCUCCCUCCCGCCGCCCAAGACGUUCACGCGAUAUUGGGACUUCUCACUCCCCUCGGCCGAGGUCCAUCCGACGGAGAUCUCAAAGAUCAAUACUUUACUGCAGUUGUUGUUGGUCGGCAAUGCAAUGUUGCUGCCCGUCUUGCCCGCGUGGUUUACCGAGACGUGGAAUCUCUGGGGCGUCAUGGAAGGUUGGUAUUAUCUUGUAGCUGCGACGACGGUGUGGAGCGGAUUGAGUUACUUGGGGAAUAAACAGGCCGUGAGAAUAUUGACAAGGGAGGAACAAGGGGAGAAGGGAAAACUAGAAGGAUGA